CUGUUCGCCGGCGGCGGCGGUUUCUCCUCCAACCCCAACGUCCGGCGCAGCAUCCGCCUCGAGUGCCAGAACUCAACAGGCCCAGGGGCCGCUAACGGGACAGGCUACGGAAAACUGUGCGAGUUCGUGGACUGCUCCAAUGGGGCCUGCGAGCAUGACCCGAUCCGGUUCAUGAAGCCCAUGCUCCAGUCAAGCUUCUGCCUGCAGCCGCCGGGAGACACACCCACCAGGCGCUCGACGUUCGACGGCCUGCUCGCCGGCUGCAUACCCGUCUUCUUCGAGGAGCUGUCUGCCCGGCGGCAGUACGGGUGGCAUCUCCCGGAGGACGAGUACGAAGAUUUCUCGGUUUUCAUACCCAAGGAAGAUGUGGUUUUCAGAGGGGUGAGGAUCUUGGAUGUGUUGAUGAGGAUAGGGAGAGGGGAGGUUCGGAGGAAAAGGGAGAAGGUGAUGGAGAUGAUGGGUCGGGUGAUGUAUAGAAAGCACGGGAGCUCGUUCGGGUUGAGGAGUAAGAAGGAUGCGUUUGAUAUUGCGGUCGACGGGGUUCUGCAGAGGAUUAAAUCGAGAACACGACAGCUUCGGCUGCCUUAG